CAACGCCUUCCCGACAAUUCUCACUUACCUCACUCGGGACCCAAGGGAAACACGUCGGAGGACGAAUCCCAUGGACGAAAGCGCGAGCAAACGACGCGCGUCCAGCGUCCCCGCUCCGCGGAGCAAGCGGAAGCUUUCCCUCGUACUCGACUAUGUCGAGGUCCCCCCUCUACCAGCGCGAAAGCGGCAGAAAUAUGAGGCGGCGGCCUCUGUAGAGCCCAGGCAGACGAGAUCGAGGACAGAAAAGUCGCCUGCGAGGGCUGCGAAGAACAAUGGGGCAACGGGCAGAGUGUCGACUCCGUCAAAAGCCGCGUCAAGAAAUGUGGAGAAGGACGUGCAGAGACCGCCCCCAAAGCGCGGGCGGCGUGCAUCCGUAUCCGGCCCCGCACCUAACACUCGCCUUGCGCAACUCGACAUCGCUCCCAAACCAAAGUGCCUCCCACCACGCAGUCGAUUCCAGAGCGUCAGUCCAUUGGAUAAACAACCUUCCUUAUGUGCGGCGUCCAGUCUCCAAGGGGCUGUGGAGACCAUUUCUCCAGAUACAGCAGAGGGCGCCCAAUCCGAUCAAGAACGAGAACAGAACGCCAGCGAUAACCUGGAAUCGAGGGGAAGCCGAUUCUCACCUGAAUCGACCAGUGCAGCGGCUGAACAGCAAGAACCAGCUAUACACGAAGACGAAGGGAUCGAAACUACGAACCAACCAUCGAUGACUUCCCCCCGCAUAUCUCUGGCUGCGCAGAUUGACUUGACGCCUACGCAAGACACGAGCUUGACCGAGGACGAUGAGCGGCUUUGUGGGACAUCCGCCGGCCCAGACCCUGACGGCGCACCCCCACCUACUGACCAGGAGAUUGCCCGUCUGCCUCCACCGCCUGUCCUGCCUCCGACUCCCCCUGCAAGCAGUCAUGCCGAGUACCCGCGAACUCAGCCGCCGGCCCCUGCGUCACUCGCACCAAUCCCCAUGAACCCUGCGGUCGCACAAUAUCCUUCGAUUGCACAUAUUCCCAGGGUCCCGCUACCUCCACCGCUCGAGGAAUACGUGCCAUCACGCCCGUCGAAAGCAAAGACGCGCACCCCUGCUCGUCCUUUGCAGAAGGCCAAAACGGAAAGCAGCCUCGACAGCGUCCACCUGAACGACUUCGCGCUCGACUUUGCAAUGCUCCUCCCCGAAUAUGACGGCUUCCUCACCUCCGGUGCGCGGCAUAUCAUCCAUCACAUGCACCACACCCUCGCGCUCGAAUCCAUCGCCCGCCGGCGGCUCGAAGACCAGCUCUCGACCGAGAUCUCCCUUCGCUGCGCCGUCGAGCGCGAGGCCGAGCGCCUGCGCGCCGAGCUGGCGGAGCUGCAGGAGGAGGCGGAGGAGCGGAGGGCGCGCAAGCAGGCGAGGCGCGAGCGGAGGGCGGCCGGAAUUGCUGCGUCCCAGAGGUCAGAGGCGACGUCGGAGGGGUGA